AUGCAUACGGCAAAGUCCUCUGUGCCGGCCAAGAACCAAGGCUUUAAGUCUCUCCUCUUAAGGAUCUCUUGUAUCUGGCCUUUGAAAUAUGUGUUUGCAAUACUUAAAAAGAUUGCAUCCUUUGCUGGCUUCACUGGAGAGGUGGAGACCGUAGGGAUUGCUGAUCAGAUGUCUCCCAGAAGACGCUUCUUGAGUGGCAGGAAGAGGAUUGGGCGCUUGGCUAGACUUAUCCUUUUCAUCACUCCAUACAGACUACAGUGUGCCUUGGGGUAUCAUUCUGCUGAUAGUAUAGGGAAGACUGAAGGCUGUGAUGAGAUUAGAAAGUCUCCUCUAAAGCCCUCUGGGAAAGGCAACAAACGGAAACAAGAUGACUUGGAGGUUGAAGAAGAGUAUCACAGCUGGGUAACAUUCAUGACUGAAGACCUUCCUGAGGAGGAUCAAGAUGAUGACCCUACAUAUGAGCCCAGUAAGUCUGAGACAGACAGUGAAGAAAAUAGAUCAAAGAAUGACACUGAAAGUGACUUGGAAGUAGAAGAGAAGGAUGGAGUUUUGAUGCUGAAGGAAUCCUCACAAGACACGCCAGUCAAUGAACAAGCUCGGGACACGCCAGUCAAUGAGGAACAAGCUCAGGAGGGAGAAAACAAUGAAGAGCAAAAAACGUCUUCUGCAG